AAGAAAGGAUUUUUAGAAAUCUUGGCCAACUGAAAAGUAUGAACAUGAAAAGUAUGAGCAUGUACAGCACUCAAUACUUAGUUGGGGCUCCUUUUGCCUGAAUUACUGCAGCAAUGCGGCGUGGCAUGGAGUCGAUCAGUCUGUGGCACUGCUCAGGUGUUAUAAUAGCCCAGGUUGCUCUGAUAGUGGCCUUCAGCUCUUCUGCAUUGUUGGGUCUGGCAUAUCGCAUCUUCCUCUUCACAAGAGGAAGGCGAGUUAAGGUCAGGCGAGUUUGCUGGCCAAUUAAGAACAGGGAUACCAUGGUCCUUAAACCAGGUACUGGUAGCUUUGGCACUGUGUGCAGGUGCCAAGUCCUGUUGGAAAAUGAAAUCUGCAUCUCCAUAAAGUUGGUCAGCAGCAGGAAGCAUGAAGUGCUCUAAAACUUCCUGGUAUACGGCUGUGUUGACCUUGGACCUCAGAAAACACAGUGUUGGUCCACCAGCAGAUGACAUGGCACCCCAAACCAUCACUGACUGUGGAAACUUUACACUGGACCUCAAGCAACGUGGAUUGUGUGCCUUUCCUCUCUUCCUCCAGACUCUGGGACCCUGAUUUCCAAAGGAAAUGCAAAAUUUACUUUCAUCAGAGAACAUAACUUUGGACCACUCAGCAGCAGUCCAUUCCUUUUUGUCUUUAGCCCAGGCGUGACGCUUCUGACGCUGUCUGUUGUUCAAGAGUGGCUUGACACAAGGAAUGCGACAGCUGAAUCCCAUGUCUUACAUACGUCUGUGCGUAGUGGUUCUUGAAGCACUGACUCCAGCUGCAGUCCACUCUUUGUGAAUCUCCCCCACAUUUUUGAAUGGGUUUUGUUUCACAAUCCUCUCCAGGGUGCGGUUAUCCCUAUUGCUUGUACAUUUUUUUCUACCACAUCUUUUCCUUCCCUUCGCCUCUCUAUUAAUGUGCUUGGACACAGAGCUCUGUGAACAGCCAGCCUCUUUUGCAAUGACCUUUUGUGUCUUGCCCUCCUUGUGCAAGGUGUCAAUGGUCGUCUUUUGAACAACUGUCAAUUCAGCAGUCUUCCCCAUGAUUGUGUAGCCUACAGAACUAGACUGAGAGAUCAUUUAAAGGCCUUUGCAGGUGUUUUGAGUUAAUUAGCUGAUUAGAGUGUAGCACCAGUUGUCUUCAAUAUUGAAAUUUUUCACAGUAUUCUAAUUUUCUGAGAUACUGAAUUUGGGAUUUUCCUUAGUUGUCAGUUAUAAUCAUCAAAAUUAAAAGAAAUAAACAUUUGAAAUAUAUCAGUCUGUGUGUAAUGAAUGAAUAUAAUAUACAAGUUUCACUUUUUGAAUGGAGUUAGUAAAAUAAAUAAACUUUUUGAUGAUAUUCUAAUUAUAUGGCCAGCACCUGUAUAUGUGUGUACAAUACAUUCACAUUUCUAUGGGAACACGUAGGUGCAAUAUAUGUACACAAUAAAGGAUACAACUUUAUGAAUGUAAUGCUAUUUUUGUCUUCAUUUAUAAAUAUUUUAUAUGUAUCAUUAUAUAGCCAUACAUGGUCAAUGCAUAUAUUGCAGUAUAUUGAAAAAUAUAAGCACAAGUUUCCCAUAUAUGGAAAUGUAUUAUGUAAUAUAUCGCAUUAUAUUUUGCAGUGUAUUCCCAUAUAUUUUUGUUCCGUAAGGGAUUGCUGUGGACCUCAUGCCCCAGUUUUAUUUAUUUAUUUAUUUUUUUAGUGUGUGCUCUUGGUUCGAGCUUGUGGAUGGUGUCCUGUCCCUCUGGCCCCUCUGGCUGCUGGUCUGUUGAUCCUAUUGUCUUCUGCAUCAACACUCCUGGUCUGGUGCAUAAAGGGCAUCUGGUUAGCAGCUUAGACACUACGGCAGGCAUGAAAAGCAGCCAUCAUAGCCCAUUCGCUCACAUCUGCUCAGUGGUGCGACAAGGACGAGGACUGAGUCUGGGUGACUGGGGGACAGGAGUUCAAUUCACCCCACAGGGCACCAGGAGCAACAGACUGAACUGGACUGUAUUGAAUCCGCCACUGUGCAAAGGUGACCGUUUGAGAUCACAUUGAGAUCUUUUAAUGCAAUAGCUUGUAUAUUUAUAGUUUUGUCUUUAAAACUGUUUUCCUUUAUGUCUAUGAUGUGCAGAUGGUUUAUAUUGUUGAAUGUGAGCCCAUUGGCGAUGUGUUUUGGCAAUAGCAUAUCUGAGUCUUACAGUUGUUUCCUGGUCCUGUUUGUAAACGGUCAGUUUAGUCUAGUUUGUUCAGUCUAGUUGUUUAGAAAGAAGGUUUACAGAUUAGUGAGAAGGUACACUUGGAAAGUAUUUUUCGUGAUAUCACUAACUAUAUUUUGAAAUCUCUGUAUAAAAAAACAGCAUGCAUAUAUGAUGUAUUUAUUAUGUAUGUGUCAGGAUUAUUAUGUAUCACUGGAUUAUGUAAAAGACAUUUGUAUCAGCUUGUUUGUCCCUAAUUCCUAUUUGUAUUUCUUGUACACAGCUAAUAUACAACCAUGGGAGACUGGAGCUUCUUGGGUAAUAUUUUGGAGGAAGUAAAUGAGCACUCCACUGUGAUUGGCCGUGUUUGGCUCACGGUGCUGUUCAUUUUCCGCAUUUUAAUUCUGGGCACGGCUGCUGAGUUUGUCUGGGGAGACGAGCAGUCUGAUUACGUAUGUAACACUCAGCAGCCAGGUUGCGAGAAUGUGUGUUACGACGAGGCCUUUCCGAUCUCUCACAUCCGUCUUUGGGUGUUACAGAUCAUUUUUGUAUCCACACCUUCACUUGUAUACGUCGGCCAUGCUGUCCAUUACAUUCACAUGGAGGAGAAGCGCAAGGAGCGUGAAGAAGCUGAGAUUAGCCACCAACAGGAAAUGGGCGAGGAGCGUGUUCCCCUAGCGACAGAUCAGGGAAGUGUUCGCACCACCAAGGAGACUAGCACGAAGGGUAACAAAAAGUUCAGACUCGAGGGCACCUUGCUUUGCACCUAUAUCUGCCAUAUCAUCUUCAAAGCUCUGUUUGAAGUAGGCUUCGUGGUCGGCCAAUACUUCCUCUACGGGUUUCGCAUCCUGCCACUGUACAAGUGCAGUCGUUGGCCGUGCCCGAACACAGUGGACUGCUACGUCUCCCGGCCCACUGAAAAGACUAUCUUCAUUAUUUUCAUGCUGGCAGUUGCUUGCGUUUCAUUAUUCCUCAACUUUGUGGAGAUCAGCCACCUUGGCUUGAAGAAGAUCCGCUUUGUGUUCCAUCGACCAGCUCCUGCGCAGUUGGAGCCUCUUGGACCACCGGAGAGGAGCUUACCAUUUCUCUUAAACACCCCUGUCCAAAAAGCUAAAGGCUACAGGCGCCUUGAAGAGGAGAAGAAAGACGAGGUUGCACACAUAUAUCCACUAGCUGAGGUCGGUAUGGAAGAAGGCCAGUUCUUCUCACCUCAGUUGGAGAAGGAGCAGAAAAGGAGUCAGGGGGCGGUUAUGCCAACAGCUCCACCUGUAGAGGAGACAAUCAUAUGCGAUGAGACUCGACCCUCCUUUGUUCAGGUCACAGAGACACUAUCAGAGCUCCCACCAGAGGAGCUACUUCGGGAAGGAGAUGAGGUAGACAGCUUAAAGACUCAGGCAGUUUUACCAGAAGUACUGGAGGAGCGAUCAGAGGGGGAAAGUGUGGAGGAAACAUAUUUAAUAUCACUUGAGGAGAGUUUGGAUGUAGAUCUAGGAGAACUGGCCAGUAGAGAGGCAACUGAGGAAAAGUCAGUGGAAGAGAGUAGCUUGGUAGAUGCUGAGCCAACACAAGAGGAAAAAUUUUCAGGAGCUGAAGAAGAGAAGGAAAUUUUACAGGAAUUUGGGGAAAAGGAGGAUAACACCUUUAAGGUCAAGGGUUUAAAAGAAGAAGAGAGUUUACUUAAUGUGGUUGAGGAAGGGACAGAAAUUAAGGCGUCUGACGAAGAGAGAGAACUUUGUGAGAUUGAGCCUUUUGUAAAUGAGGACAUUUUGGAGGAGGUAAAAACUUUAGAUGAUGAGAAGAUUGCUGGAGUUUUGGGGGAACAAGAGAGGGCUUUAGGGGAGGUUGUAGGGUCAAAUUUAUCUGACAUAGAGCCCAUUGGGGAUGAAGUGGAUUUGGGAAAGGACAAAGCUCAGGGGGAUGUAGAAGAUACAGAAGGGGAUGAAGUUCAAAGGGAUGUAGUAGACUCAGGAGUGGGUGGAACUUUAGAAGAUGUAGCUAAUAUAGGACAGGGUGGCGCUCUAGAGGAUUUAGUGGAUGGAGGAAGAAGUUGUGCUCUAGAAGAUGUAAGGAUGGGUAAGGAUGAAGUUUUAGAAAAUCUAAAUGAGAAUAGACCUCUUGAGACUGCAGUCAGUCCAGAUGAGGAGGUUCUAGGAGCUCUAGGACUUUCAGUUGACUCUGAACAGGUGGAAACUUUGGGGAAGGAGGAGGUAUUAUUAGAGAUGGAGGAUCCAGAGAAGGUGAAAGGCUCUAGGGAGUGGGAUGAGAAAAAAGAGGAUUCUGUGGAAAUUGGAGGCCCUGAGCCUGAGAAGGAGUGUUCUGAAGAAUCAAAAGCCUUGAAGGCCAAAGAGGAGGUGAUGGAUGUGCCAUUUGUAGCUCUGGAACUAGAGUCAACAGAGGAAACAAGAUCAUUAAGUCGUCUUAGCAAAGGAAGCAGCAGAGCCAGGUCAGAUGAUCUAACUAUAUGAUUGACCAAACAGAAACUUAACCAAAGAACAUAUAGAGUCAAAUUUUUGAUUCCAAAUUUCCCAAGUGCCACAUUAUCAGGUGAACCAGCUUACAAGCAUGUUUUCUAAAACAGGGGUUUUUAAAAUGUGAUGCCAAAUGAUUCUCCCCUUUAUACUGAAGUAUAAAGGCAGCUAUGUGUUUUCAUGCAUAAUGAUUUAUAAUGUGUGUAUUAUUUCUCCAAAUUUUCCUGAACCCCCUAGUAUCCCUCUGUGGUGCCCUAGGUAUCCCAGAUCCAAGUUUGAAAAUUCCUGUUCUAGAUGAUAAUUUUUUACAAAAGUUUAUCUUAAAAGCAGAGAGAAAAGAAAAAAAAACAGCUUAUAGAGCUCAUAUUUUCUAAACACAAUUUUAAUUCCAUUUUUUUUUUUUUCUUUUAAAAAUCAAACAUUUAUGUUUUGAAGCUGGAAAACAUAGGUCGGAGAAUACAAGCAAAAAACAAAACAAAAAAUGACAGUCUUGAUUUCAACUAAUUAUUCAUACAAUUUAUUGCAAAUCCACAGGGAUAGUCACAGGGAGUGAAGAAUCUCACAUUCUCCAUUUAUGCCUUAUUUGUCUAUUGUUCAAUUAGUUAUGUUUAUCUAUACAUUUGCCUUUUAUUGUUACAUGCUGAUCCUGGGCAAACAAUUGUUAUUGUUUAUAAAUCUUCUACCAAUUUGUGUAUAACAUUGAUAUCCUUUUCUAUUUACAUCUGAAUUGCUACUGCCAAUGGUUUUCAAGUCCAUUAAAAAGAGUAUUUAGAAUGAUAAUUCCAUUAUUUAGUUCAAUAUUUAAGUGGAUUGUAUCAUUAAAAAACAAUAUAUAACAAUUAUUUUGCUGUAUGCAAUACCUCACCACCCCAUACAAUGAUCAUUUACUGCUUUAUAUGUCAAGAUUUUAUCUGAUAAUAAAGAUACUACAAUAACUGAUGACUAAAAGAGCUCUGCAUUUGUCUGUUGUGCCGUAUGAAACAUUUCACCCAACUAACCCAUGACAUAAUUUCUUUUAAAAUGUAGAAAGAUAAAAUUAUUUUUGAAGAAAAGGUAUGAAAGUGCACUUCACAGGGUAACACUGGACUGAAAUGAACCUUCUAUGACCUCUAGUGGUCAAAUAUAUAUAAUAACUCAAGGUUUUAACGUCUUAAAUUUUAAGUAAAUUAUUAUCAUAUUUUUAUAAAAAAAUGUAUAAGCUUCUGAAAACAAAUAAACCCACAGUCCAAAAAGAGAAACUAAAAGUACCACACAGGCAAAUCUGGGAAGAUUAAAAACAACCCACAUGAAGUUGUAACGUCGGUUUACUUUUGGUUUCGGGGGUAUUCCAGAAAGCAGGUUAUGUUAUUUACCCGGGUAUGUAAGUAUGCUGACAACCUCAACUUUCGGUUCCAAAAACGGACGUAACUUUCAUGGUAAGUUACUAUACCAUAGCAAUUUACUCUCAGAGCAUAAACUGCUCCAAUGCAGGUUCUGUUCCAGGGUUAAUUUACUUCAGAGUUGUUCCGCGCAUGGGUGUCCUAUUGAUGAGGCUCCAGUGGGCGUGACGGAUUGGUCACAACAUUAUUAUUUAUGUAGUUAUAUCCAUAUAUAAAGCACUAUUAAAAUUAUAUACAUAUAUAUAUAUAUAUAUAUAUAUAUAUAUAUAUAUAUAUACCCCGUUGAUAUAUAAAAUUAUUUAUAUAUACCCCGUUCCUUUUUUUCCCUGUUCUCUAGUUUGUUUCUCCUCUCCCCAUUUUAUCAUCAAAUACACUCCCUUUGUAUUUCAGCCCUGUGUUUUGUUCGGUUAUUUGUCCGGUAUUGUCUGUUUAAUGUGGUUGUUAAUGUUUUCUCUGGCGACUGUUUUUUCAUCGUGCUUAUCAUUACAGCAACCCGUGACAGAAGUAAACAAAAAGCCAUGUGUCAAAAUAUUUUCAUCUAGCCUAUUAAUAUAUCAUGUGAUUUUGCAUUGAUACGUCCCUUUUCACUAUACAACUUUUUUCUGACCUACUGAACUUGCACUAGUGUAUAAUUUAACAAAAUACUAGGGCUGGGCGAUAUGGCCAAAAAAAAAAAAAAAAAAAAAA